UGCCGGCGGCGGCCCUGUCCCGCAACCGCCUGGCGUGGCCCUGCCCGGCCCGGCCCACAGCGCGAUGCCACCGCCAGCUCCGCUCCUCCCCGGCUGCGCAAGGGCAACCCAUCAGCCGCCCGGCUUCCUCCUUCGCCGCGGCUGCGCGCUGAGUGUAUUCUAUCGGUGUGCUACAACAGAGGCCUCCCAAGCCACCUUAGCCAGCGUCUCGCCUGUUUUUGCUGUGAUGAAGCUUGACACAAAGGGAAACAGUACCUAUUUUGAAAAAAAGAAAACCGAAUUGUACCAGGAAUUGGGUCUUCAAGCUCGAGAUCUAAGAUUUCAACACCUAAUGAGCAUUGCAACUAGAAACAACAGAAUCAUCAUAAGAAUGGAGUUCUUGAAGGCUGUCAUAACACCAGAGUUUCUUCUGAUACUAGAUUAUCGUAAUUUAAAUUUGGAACGCAGGCUUGUCAAAGAACUAGCAUCUCAGCUGGCUGGGGAAGGUCAACUGGUUACAUAUUCCCUGCCCUUUGAGUUCCAAGCCAUAGAAGCAAUCCUGCAGUACCGGAUCAGCAAACUGCAUGAGAGACUUAACACUUUGCAGCCUCAGAUCCUUGAGACACUGGAAGCUCUAGUGGACCCCAAGCUUUUGUCUGUGGAUAGGAGUAAACUACACAUUCUCCUGCAAAAUGGCAAGAGCUUGUCAGAACUGGAAACAGAUCUUAAAGUUUUCAAAGAAACAAUUCUGGAGAUCUUAGAUGAAGAAGAAUUAAUAGAAGAGCUCUGUAUAUCUAAAUGGACUGAUCCACAAGUAUUUGAGGAGAGUACGUCUGGGAUUGAUCAUGCAGAGGAAAUGGAGCUGCUGCUGGAGAACUAUUACAGAGAAGCUGAAGAGCUUGCAAAUGAAGCUCGUGAACUCAGAGUACUGAUUGAUGACUCAGAAAGCAUCAUCUUUAUCAACCUGGACAGCCACCGUAAUGUGAUGAUGAGAUUGAACUUGCAGCUGACUAUGGGGACUUUCUCUCUCUCUCUCUUUGGACUCAUAGGAGUUGCAUUUGGUAUGAAUUUAGAGUCAUCUCUUGAAGAGGACCCCAGAAUAUUUUGGCUGGUGACAGGGAUUAUGUUUCUGGGAAGUGGCCUGAUAUGGCGGCGCUUGCUUUCCUUCCUCGGGCGGCACCUGGAACCUCCGCUACCUCCUCACGUUCCUACAGUUCUGAAAAAAUCCAAACCAGCAGCUGGAAGAGUGGAGAUAAAGAACAACCUUAAAGCAGAAACGUUUGGGCUGAGCAGAAGCACAUUAACAAACCAAUAGGAGCAACAGGAAUUAAAGAGACUUUUAUUGUUAAAGGGUGGACUCUGGGUACUUCCCUUGCAUUUGUUCUUCCGUAUGGAAAAGAACAAGAAUUUCUAAACUUCCUAAUUUAAAAUAUAUUUUGUGCCAAAAACCUAUAGUGAGAUUUUAAUGCUCUCACAUAAAAGGAGAGAAGCACAAGGGAAAGUAGUGUUGUGCUUUCCACAGUAGUCUCACUUCCACAACACCUAUGUUCAAUAGUUUUCUGUAUCACAUACAUACAUAUAUUUUUGGGGCAUUCUCAAUUUCAGGUGUUUCUGUCAAAUACUUCUUCACAUAAUGUUCCCUUUCUUAAAGAGAACAGUAUUUCCAGUUUAAAGACUGACAGCACUCAGUAUUCCUCAAUAAUUCUGAGUCUGAGAUGCAGAUUUAGGGUUCUGCAGAUUUAGGAAUCUGACUGCAAAUAUCAAAGAAAAAGCCACCCCAGAAAAGGCCUCUUGAAUGGAUUCUGUUUAAUUGCACAGAACAAAUUUUUCCAAAGUGAAAAGCAUUCCUGUAUCUCUUGUGUAGCAUCACCUCUAAUCUGGCAGUAACCAGAAAUAAUAGUUUCCCUUAUUCUGAGUGAGCAAUAAAAGGCUUUGAACCACAGCUACUUUGGUAUACCAGAAAAGUGGGCCUGUUGGUAACAUACACUUCUGCUUGCUUACCAUCUGACACUAUUUUAACACACAGUGAUACAUCUGCAGUUUGACAACUCUUUGUUGUCAUAAGGACUGAUUCAAAUGCUGAUAAAUUCAACAGAUCAGUUGUUGGUUUCUCUUUUCUCUCCAAAGAAGACAAGACAAGACAAAGCAUGGACUGGCCUGCACCACAGUAAGCAGUGGUUAGUAAAGGGGGUGGAAGCCUCAUGCCCUGGGGUGGACUGAGGAAGGAGUAAAAUUCUUACACACACUGUUUUCAUUUUCUCUCAGAACUUCUCUCUGAACUCUGCAAAUGUAGUCCCCACUGGUUUCUCCCAGACUGUAGAGGGAGAAUGAAAUCCUUCUAAAUCAGGUCACAAACUGUCUGGUUUUUGCUUGGCAUUUUUUAACUUUCUGAUGUACAGGGAGGUGUUCCCUAGGUGCCACCAGAUAACUGUUGUACUGGCAGGGGUUGAAAAAACAGUAACUGUAGCUGUGAACAUUUUUACUAAGGAAUAAAGAAUCAAAAAUCAAAAUGAAAAGGUACAUAAGUUAAAUUUAUGCAGGCAUGUAAUUCUAGUUGGGCUAAAAUCAGUUGUACCCGAUUUUGAAGCAGUUGUUCUUGCUCAGUAUGUGAAUUUAACUACAGACAUAAAUGGCAUGAGAAGGUGAGAAAAUUGAUGGUGUUUGCAAUUUGAGGUUUUUAGCUGAAUUUCUUGCAACAUUUUGCUUAGCAGAUAGAGAUAUAAAUAAACUUUUAAACCAAGCAAUCAAGUGGAAUAAACAAUGGCUCACAUACCUUGGGUGUUAAACCCCAAGAAAGGCCUGUGCAUGAAGGCAGAUUGAUGUAAACGUGUUUGCUGCCAAGUUGUAGUUGCAUUAGGCCAGGACUGAAAUGUGUUCAUACAGCUGUUUACAGCUGGAAGUUUUCAUGAAAGCUUUCCAAGCCCUGUCCUUGGUGCAGAGAGGCUUCUGUCAACUUUAUUGACUUUUCCUGUACAUAACUGAAAAGCACUGAAAAGACACUUUUUACAAGACUAUCUUUCAAGUAAUCAAAAUACAUUAAUGUGCAGUAAAAUUAUUCUGAAAUUUUACAAAGGUGUUAGUUCUUUAAUUUUUUUUUUUUAAUGUGUUCUUUUAUUUGGACAAGUCAGGUCCCCAAAAUAGAUGUUAAAAUGCAUUAUACAUCAA